AUGUCGCGACUUCUAACCUUUGCUGCUGGGCUGGCUCUGGCAGCUGCUCAGCUCAGCUCUUCGUCGCUCGAGAAUCACGUCGACACUCUCACUCUGGGAAGCUCCUUUAACCCCGUUAAGGAGGCCUACUGGACUGGUCUCCCCCACCAUCGUCGAACUCCCUUUGCCGUCUCCCCAGAUGGCAAGAACGCGUUCCUCGCCUACCUCGAUGCCAGCGGUACUGGCGUACAUAUUCAGGGCGUCGAUCCCAAGACCUUCGCUGCCGUUGGUACUCCUGUCACGAUCAAGAAUGGUAAAGAAGCUGGUGGUCUCGUUGCUCACAACGACGGUUUCGCCCUUCUUACCAACGAGGUCGUCUCUGGAGAGGCCAAGGAUCCUCUUCCCGUGAUCUACAAGUACACCAACGGCAAGCAAGCCUUCCGAACACUUCUGGGUGGCUCCGGCUUCUCGGCUGAUGCUCUUGCCUCUCCUGAUAUCAACGGUGACCUUGUCUUCUCUGAGAAGGCUAGAUACUACGCCGCUUAUAUCGUCGUUACUUCGUACAGCGGCUCUGCUUCUGGUCACUUUGGUGAUGCUAUCCGCUACAUCAACCCGGAUGGUAAGGUUGAGGAGAUUCAGGGUGCUUCCUCCUCUUGGGGCUGUUCCCACAACACCGGUAUCGCCUUCGAGGCUGCCGACGAACCUCCCUUCGCCUCCAUUUGCGCUGAGGAUCAGGGAGCCAUCUGGUUGAACACUGAGACCCAGGGUAUGAGUAACAACGGUGUCAAGAUCUCUAACGAGCAUGUCAUCAACGGUGCCAGCAACGAGCCCAUGGGCGGAAUGGGUGGUUCCUACAGCUCUCUGGCUCGUUUUGUUGGCUCCGAUUCUUACAUCUUCUCCUGGGUCUCACGUGGCGCUAUCGACCUUACUGCCAACGAGUGGAUGGGUGACGGCUACACUCACUCUGAGCAGCGCACCACCAACCGAAAUGUCGCUAUCGCUGUCAUGUCUGACAAGAAGACUCUUGUUGGUGAGCAGGCCACCUCUGAAGUCGGUGCCAAGGAUGGCGACAGCCAGGUCAACUGGAUCACCGACGGUGCAAACGAUUGCUCCAAUGCACACGCUGCUGCCUUCGACGCUUCCACUGCUCUUGUCUCAUGGGAGGAGAUCUCCAACCCUGUCUGCGAGAACGAGGCCAUGGGCUGCAGUGGCAAGUUCGCCGGUACCAAGUUCCAAGCAGUUGACAGCAAGGGCAAGAAGAUUGGCCAAGCCAUCACUUCGGAUGAUACCUACGUUGCUGGUGACAUGGUUACCAUGUCUGAUGGUCGUAUCUGCUGGCCUUUCGUCAACAUGGCUUGGUCUCUGGAUGGUCCUGCUCAGGCUGCGGACGUGAAGAAGAUCUCUUUCGCUUGUAUGUCCAACGGUAGUGGCUCCGGCUCUGGUUCUUCAGCCUCCAAGGACUCCACUGGAGUUGCUCAGCCGGCUGCUACCAAGCCUGCCAUUGCUGGUGCUUCCAAGCCCUCUGCUGCCAGCUCUACUGUUGCUGCUGCUAAGCCGACCACCGCCAAGGCAACUGAGGAGUCUGCCGAGGAGUCUGUCGCUCUUCCUGAGAGUGCUCCCCGUCCCUCUUUUGUCUCUGUCCCUGUUGCUGUCAGCGAUAUUCUCUCCGCUCCCACCAAGGCUGUCUCUUCUGCUGUUGCCGAGGAGCCCUCCUAUGUUGUCAACAAACCCGCUGUGCCUACUACCACGAAGGGUGGCGAGAUUGAGUCUCCCGCUGAUGGUGACAGCGAGGACUGCGACGAUAGUGCUUCCGACAAUGUUGCCACUACCAAGCCUAGUAGUCGCAAGAACCGCACUCGUCGCCCCCGUCCGACCAACCUUCCCAAGGACCAGAGCGGAAAGAAGUGUGCAGUCAAGACUGUCUUCCGCACGGUCUAUGUGACUGCUACCGCUACCGUUCCUGGAUACUAA